AGGUACCUAUGACUGAAAUUGAAAUUCAGUAAUAAAGCAGCGUUCUUCCGCUACGGACUCAUGAAACGAGUAGCUCCGCAUCGAGAACCCACACCGUUGGGAAAAUGUUUACGAAAAUUAUUUCGAAUAUCUUUUUCAAAUAUCGGAACGUUGGUUAUUGUGUUCGUGUACUUGAUUUUUGGCGGUUUUCUGUUUAAAUUUUUAGAAAAUCAAAAACAAAUUGAUAGUCGUGUUUAUUUUCAGAAAUAUCGUGAUGAAUGUAUUCAAGAAUUAUGGUCCAUUACGAAAUCUGCUUUCGUUUUGUACAAACAAAAUUGGACUUUAGAUGCACUAGAUCCUAUUAAAAAAUUCGAAGCAAAUGUUGUGAAAGAAAUCACAAUAAAUCGUAAACUGUUAACCCCAUCGUGGUCGUAUAUGGAUUCCUUUUUUUAUUCAGUUACAAUUUUGACAACCAUUGGCUGCAAUAAUUACACUCCCAAUACUUCAUUUGGAAAACUAGCGACGGUGGUGUACGCAACAUUUGGUGUGCCUUUGAUGCUGUUGUGCAUAUGUAAUUUGGGAGUAAAACUUUCAGAUCUUCUCCAGUUUGGUCAAUUGAAUAAAAAUACAUAUUAUUCUGAAUCAAACCAUUGCAAUAUAUGCGAACAAAGUAAAUGUAAUGGACUGACGCUCAUAAAACGUGACACAAUCGUUAGCGUUAAUGAUAGAUCUAGCAAUAAACGUUCUUCCAAAAUUUGCCACACAGUACUAGAACAAAAUCAAUCGAAUUGCUCUUCUGAAGAUUGUUUAAAACCUUAUAACAAUUCAAGACUGAAAAAUAAUUGCUCAUUAUGUCAACAAUGUAGCGAGUUUGACAUAAACUGUGAAUGGUGCAAAGAAAAUAUGCGAUUUAAAAUUAGUGAUCCGAAUUUCACCGCGCAAAAUAUCGAAAAACCUCAUCUAGAAUCUCGUAUUUAUUGGUUUCCAUUAACAUUUACUGUAUCUUUGUUAAUUAUGUAUGUAUGCAUUGGCGCAUUAACUUACUCCGCAUGGAAAAACCAAUCUUUCACAGAUGGAGCUUAUUUUUGUUUUUUAACUUUAACAACAAUAGGAUCUUGCGAUAUAUUUCGAAAUGUAUUUAAUCCUGCUCAGGAAACUAUGGAACUGUUGUUAUACUGCAUGUAUCUUUUGAUUGGAUUAAUGUUGAGCGCGUCGUUGGUUUUAUUGGUACAGAAAAAUAUGCAAUCAGGAAAUAAUGUUCGAUUACAUGAAACUUCGAAAAGCGACGAGGUUGCAUUAUAAUAAUUUUAAGCUUAUAGGUAAUUAUUACUAAUUUCAAAGACUGUUUGUUGGAUUUUUGUACAAAUAUGUUAAUACAUUUUUUCAUCUCGUUGUUUUAAUAAA